AUGGCCAGCUUCAAAGAUGCCUCUGAUCCGUUCUACGACGGUGGCCUCAAGUAUGAACUGGUCACCGAGAUGGCGCCCGGCGUCUGGAAGAUCACCCGGAAGAGCGACCGGAUGUUCUUCCUCGCCCACGACAUGACCGAGAAGCUCUUCGAGGUCACCAACCAGCCCGGGAAGCUGAACCUCUCGCUGGCGGGGCAGUUGCUGUCCCCCGAGCAACACAACCUGCUCGAACCGCUCAUGAUCAUCCUGAACCACGAGAACCUGAUGUCCAUCGUCGACAUCAUCACCUUCCAUUUCUCCAACUCGGGCAGGUUCGGCCGGAAACGCUGGUUCACCGUCUGGGACUAUUGCGACGCCGGCAACCUGGGGAACUUGAUCGUCAACCAACAUCGCCGCAAUCCGAAGGCCAAGACCUACCCAGGUGAUCUCGAUGAUCCUAUGGACGUCGAUGAUACCAGCGAGGCCGGCGAGAAGCGCCCGCGCACUCCGCCUCCUGAGAAGCCGUUUAUCCACCUGCCGGAAAGCUUCUGCUGGCACGUGCUUCGGUCGGUCCUGAAAGCUUUGGUGUGGCUGCAUGACGGUAUGAGAUUCAUAGACAACCCACUCUUCCCAGAGGAGGGCCACCCGACGAUGCUGAGCGCUGAAAACCCGGACUGGCAACCCAUCUUGCACCGCAACAUCCGCCCGGAGAACAUCUUCAUCGGCCACCCGCGCCGGAGCGAGUGGUACGGGGCGUGCAAGCUGGGCAACUUCGGCAGCGCCUGGAUCUCUGGACACUGUCAACAGCCCCGUGGGAAGUCGUUCGAAUGGCCCAUCUUCGCGAAGGCCCUGGCACCACCUAAGGGAGAGUUCAUGUCCCUGGGAGACAUGAUCGCAGGAGACAUGAAGUGGACCGCAACCCACCCACAGCAGGCCGGCCAGCCCUACACGAUCCGCAGCGAGUACCGCGCGCUCGGCCAGGUGAUGCAGGCGCUCAUGUACCCGCCUAUGGUGGAUUACCACUGGCAAUGGAUUUGCACGAACCAGGUGGAGCGCGUCCUCGAGCCCCUGGGCUACUCGGCGGCGCUGAAGAACAUGGUGAUGAAGCUGAUGAUCUUUGACCACUGGGCCCCAGUCGAGGGCCAGGAUACGUACGUGAACGACGCCAUGUACAAGACGCGCGAGCUGCACUUGGACGCUGAAGAUGCCUACCUGGACUGGAAGAAGAACCAGCGGUGGCCCGAGGCCAAAGCCGAGGUCCCGGGGACGAAGGCCGAGCGGGACCAGGACUCUGAGGACUUCAAGCGCUUGAUCGAGAAGUACACGGAAUCAUAUGCGCAGGUCGCCAAUGUCAUCCAGAAAGUCUAG